UGAUUCGCCAGUAAACCGAGAGAAGAAGAUCAGCACUUGUUUCAAUAGUUUCCAUCCCCAGUCGGACAUUUUAUUUCAGAGUAAAACAUACAGAAUCAGCAUGGAGGAGAGUGCACAGCGAAUAUUGGAGCAUUUGACGGAGGUAGAGGUUGCGGCUGAAGAUAUACUUACUGACAAACAACAGAUUGUGGAUCUGGACCUAAGGAGAAACCGAAAUCGAGAGGCACUCAACGCUUUACGCAACAAUUCAACAAACGGCAAUGUUAAGGUGUGUUUUGGAAAUAUGUUCAUCAAAUUUCCCCAAGAGAAUACCAGAUCCAUGAUUCUUAAAGACCAAGAGCAGCUUGACAAGGAAAUAAACGACCUUCGCAAACGUCUAAAAGCAAAAGUAAAUCGCCUCAAUGAGAUACAAGGUAAGCCUGAACUGAGAGGAUACAAUCUUGCCCCUUUGAGCGAUGAUGAGAUUAAGGCAAUUAACAGCGUCCUUAAAAAAUGACAUUUACUGACUCCUCAGUCUGUGCUGAUUCUGAGGGGAACACAUACUUGGACUGAGUUUGUAUGUGUUUGCCAUUGUUAUUGUGCCAUUCAUCGCAAAAAUUUAAAGAAAUGGUCACCAGCAAAUGUGAUGAUUGAGACUGUUAAAUAUUACAUACUCUAAUAAUGUCUGGCUUUGUGUUUUUUGUUUUCACACUCAAAAGCAGAGUAAGGCACUUAAAGUCUCCUAUCCGAGAUUAAAUAGCAGGGAGGAACAACUAUUAGUAUGCCAUUCAUAGGUUGAUUACCCUGAAAAGUGUAACAACACUGUGCUUCUGUGUUGUGCAUUGAAACACUGCAGUGUCCGCAAAUAGCCUAUGAUGUUGCAAAUUCAACAAAAGAGGACUAAAGUAUUUUUUCUUGUGUUUCAUAAUGAAGUCUUUAAUGAUGUUGAAAGCACACACAUACUGACAUUAUUGAUCAGUGCCUACCUGCUUUGUGGUAAAUUAUAUAUAUAUAUCUAUAUAUAUCAUGAACUGAAAAAAGAGAAGAACAAUGCAACUGAUUCUUUAAUUGGUAUAUCCACAUGUGUAGCCUAUAUGUUGUUACUUACAGGUUCUGUUAUAAAGAGCAACCACACAAAAAUGCUUACUGUUCAGAAGUGCCAGACAAUUUCAAACCCCCUUUUAAGUGCUAAUUUCUACUGUAAUUAUAUGUGGUUUACAUGUACAAUGUAUUGU